AUGAAGAGCCAAGAGAAAGGCGAAAAGCUCGAAAAUCAAGUCUACUAUCACGGCAUUCGGAACAGGGAAGAUGUCAUGUAAGUUACCAUGUUCGUAGUAUUAUUGAUUUUAAAAACUACGAAAGAUGAUUUAAGUCUGAAUCUAAUCCUAACGUUUAGAUCUGAGCUCGAACACAAGGGUGACUUCAUUGUCCGUGCCAGUAUGGACUGUGGCUUCCCGAAGCUCGUCCUCAAUGUUCGUGGAAGUCGUGGCCCUUGGAAUCUGCUUCUGGAUGUUGUAGACAAGAAAUACUGUCUACGGGUAGAACGGAAGAAGGAUUCCUACCCUUCUUUUGAGACAGUGGUUCAGCUUAUUGAGUACUACAAGUCCCACGGCCUCCCACACGGCCCCAGACUGCGUCACGGAGUGCCUAGACCAGAAUGGUUGUUACGACAUCAGUCCCUGAAUUACGACGAGAAGAUUGACUUGCUGGGAUCCGGGAACUUUUGCUCUGUUUAUCGAGGAACAUUGACAAGAAUCGGCGUUUGUAAACAGGUAAGAGCCGUAAACGGGUUAAAAAUAGUGAAAAUAGAUAUCCCUAAUCGUUUAACAUAGUUAUAUUACAAAAGAUAAGUCGACAGCACCGUAUGUAGUCCUCUACAGGUAGCCAUAAAAGUUUGUCAUCCAUCCGACAAGGAAACGAACCGCCAGGAGAUUCACGAGGCUACACAAUCCAUGCUGUACGAAGCCAAGAUCAUGUCAAAGUAUUGGCACGAAAACGUCAUCGAAUUCAUGGGUAUAGCAUGUGAUCACCCUCCCAUCAGAAUCGUUCUCGAAUUUUGUCCUGGGGGUUCGCUAGAAGACCACGUCAAGAAGGACACUGACAUUCCUCAUAUUGAACUGGUUUUGUACGCAUUUGAAGUAAGUCGAACAGUUUUGUAAUCAUAUAUGCAGAUUUUACUUCAUCUGAACGAAUCUUACAUCAAAAAAUGUUUAGGCAGCUCGUGGAAUGAGGUAUCUACACUCACAGCGAUGUAUUCACCGAGACCUGGCCGCUCGAAACUGUCUGAUUUCUGCCCAAGGCAUCAUCAAGAUUGCCGACUUUGGGUUGUCGAAAGUGGCAGAGGAGUUUGUUCAACAAGAAAAGGCUUUGAAGCAGAUUCCACUUCGGUGGAUGGCUCCAGAAACAAUCAAGAAACCACCUCUAUACCUGGUCAACAGCGACGUCUGGUCUUUUGGGGCUCUCAUAUACGAACUAUAAGUCAGUAGUCCAAAGUCUACAAGAUGCAAGAACUACUUUGUUAAUCUAAUUUUCUUUAAAUAAAAUAUAAGGAUUUCAGCCAUGGAGUAGCACCGUACGCUGAAGAGAAAGACUUCAAGGUGAUUGCCAAGAACAUCAAAAUUGCCAAAAUGCCUGACUUUCCGACGACGACUCCAGAACCUAUUCAGAAACUAGUCAAAGAAGACAUUUGGUAGCAAUUUACAUACUUAGUGCAAAAACAACAUGAAUACUAUUAGUACUUACAACAUACCACUCAAGACAACAAAGACGUUUCCUUUUAAAAACUAAACAAUCAAGUAUGAAGGUAAAAGAAAAUGACUUUUCAGGGUGAAAGAACCGGAACGAAGGAUCUUGUUCGACGAGAUCGCAGUGAUUCUGUACAACUAUCUUGAACAGCACAUGGACCAGUUUGGGGAUGUCAAAGCAAUGGCCGUCAACAAGAUCAAGGGAGUAAAACGGACAUCGAUAAUGAUGGUAAGACUAUUUGAAUGGCAAUUCUUAAUAAUUUGCCAUGAACUAUACAUUUGAAAUGGUUGUUUUGUUACCUAAUUUAAACAAAAACAAGUAAAAUUUCAGGGCGACAAAGAUACAUUGCUGAAAGAAGACGAACGACGGUACAGUAUGCAGCCUAGAAGCAAAACACGAAGAGCUCGGUCAACAUCUAGGUCAAUAUCAGAUCGCGACCGUCGAGGCGGGGCCAAAACCCGAACUUGUCGAGGAUUCACUUCCAGAAGCGACUACAACCGUCCUCGUCGAAACUCACUCAAGAAAAUCAUCAAAAACCACUCCGUCGAAAAGGAAAAAGACACUCGAUCAACCGGUAGCAAAGAAGCGUCCAGUGAUGCCAAAACCGAUCCUCAAGCAUCAGGGCGGAAGAAGAUGAGUAAGGAAGAAGAUGAACUCCGAAAUGAAGACGCAGAGAGCCCAGCGGAGAAAAAGUGUCCCAGUUAG